GCUCGUGCAGACCGGAGGUGGCAGAGGGUCACGUAUCACUCUGAACGUAUCUGAACUCUAAACAAAGCGGUUCACAAUGGCCUCCAAGUUCUACAGCCUCACGGCCCGACUCCUAACCGGAGAAGUGUUUAACUUCUCGUCGCUGCAGGGCAAAGUGGUCCUUAUUGAAAAUGUGGCGUCCCUCUGAGGUACGACCACCAGGGAUUACACCCAAAUGAACGAGCUCCACGAGCGCUACGGCGGCAAGGGGCUCGUGAUCCUGGGAGUUCCCUGCAACCAGUUCGGCCACCAGGAGAACUGCAAGAAUGAGGAAAUCCUCAUGUCCUUGAAGUAUGUCCGUCCUGGAAACGGCUUUGAGCCAAAGUUUCAGUUGCUAGAGAAAGUGGAUGUGAAUGGAAAAGAUGCCCAUCCUCUGUUUUCCUUCCUGAGGGAAAAGCUUCCGUUCCCCAGCGACGAGCCGUCCGCCUUCAUGACCGAUCCCAAGUUAAUCAUCUGGAGCCCGGUGUCCAGGAACGACGUGGCCUGGAACUUCGAGAAGUUCCUGGUCGGACCGGACGGAAUGCCGUUCAAGCGUUACAGCAGGAGGUUCCUCACCAGCGACAUCGAGGGAGACAUCAAGAAGCUCCUCAGCCAGGCUCAAUAAUGACCCGUCCUCCUAAACGUAUCUGUCCUGCUGCGUCCACCUGCACCAGCCUGCACUCCGUCCAACACUGGUCAGGCAUUGAGCUUCUGCAGAUGUUGAACACUGUCUGGAACUGCCUGUGCUCUCCUGUAUACAAUGACUGUUCUGCUGUUUUACUUAAUGACGACAUCCUCUCAAACCAACUAGUUGGGAGGAGGGUGACAGAUGAAAUGUAAAAGGCAGAAGUUUGCAGUUUCAUUGGAUGCAUGUGAAGCACAGAUGUGGUUUCAUGUGUCAAGAGGACCAAUAAAGGUUUUUUAACUUUUCAA